AUGGCGCUCAAAUCUCAAGUGUCGCGCCUGAUGGCAGACCUUCCUCCGAUUCUUCAUUUCGGCGACUCGUUAAUGAAGCCACUUAUCGGUAUACUGUUAUCUGUACUAUUUGUCUGGGUGGUUCGAGCAAUCUAUAGACCUCCGAAAAAUAGGAGUCUACGAGUGUUCAAGGUCAAGGCUAACAAUGUGGUCGAAGUUCUGGAGGAAGCUCAUCGGCAGUGCCCUAAUGAACCUUUCAUGCUCUCGCUCCCUGGAAUGGAUAUGGCUGUACUCCCCGCGUCAGAAACGGAGACGAUUCGAAGCCUCCCAGAGACACAGGUUUCCAUCAAGAAGCAUCACUACGAUGUUUUCCUGGGCGAGUAUACAUACAUGGGCACCAAAGCAGACGAGUUCGACAGUGCUAUGCGUAACGUACUUACUCGAAAUACACCAACAGUACUGGCAUCUUUUGCCGCCGAGGUGGAUUACGCUGUAACCCAGAAUAUCGGACCUUGCGAAGACUGGACCUCUAUCAAACCGCGGUAUGCCAUGUCACGUAUAGCAUCUCUGAUGUCUGGGAGAGCUUUUGUGGGUUUGCCAUUGAGUCGCGACGAAGAAUGGGUUGAAGCUACUGUCAACUACACGCAGACAGUGUCCUGGGCCUGGAUGAUCUUACAUAUUCUACCCCAACCUCUCCGCUAUCUUGUUGCUCCUAUUCUACCUCCCGUUAGGAAACUAAAGAGGCAGCGGACUAUUAAUGAGCAAAAGCUCACCCCGCUUCUCAUUGAGAGGGAUACACACAGUCAAUGGCACCAAGACAACGCGGCCGGCAAAGUCAAAGGCGGUAAGGAGCCAGGAGGCGACAUGCUGGAUUGGUUCAUGUCCCAAUACUCCCAUCCUCCAUCCAUCAAAGAGCUAGGACGAGACCAGCUUCUGGCCACUUUCGCAUCAAUCUACAACCUCAGCAAUGCCCUGAGUUAUAUCGUUUUCGACUUGGCUGCCACAAGUCCUGAGGACAUUGAAGCCAUGAGACAGGAGGUAAUCGAUGUCCUAGGUGGUUCAGACGGGGUGAUUGACAAAAACUCCCUUGUCAAACUCCGCAAGCUUGAUAGCUUCGCCAAGGAAUCCCAGAGGCUCAGUCCUCCGUCAUUAGUGAACAUUCCACGAAUCGUCACAGACCCAAAGGGACUGAGGACCUCUACAGGGCAUCUCAUCCCCACAGGGACCCGUAUGACCAUCAACAGCCAUGCAAUUAACAACGACCCGAACAUCUACCGGGAGCCUGGGAAAUUUGACCCAUUUCGGUUUUCUAGACUCCGAGAACUUCCGGGGAACGAACUCAAGUUUCAACACGCCUCGACCGGGCUGGAUAAUAUCAACUUCGGACACGGCCUGUGGGCCUGCCCUGGACGUUUCUUUGCCAGCGCGGAGAUCAAGGUAAUCUUGGCACACCUGCUAAUGCGCUACGAUAUCAAACAUAAGCCAGACGCGAAAAGAAGCUGGCAGAAGCAUUAUGGACUGGCAAUCCUUCCAGAUAGCGAGGCCGAAGUACUCUUCAAAAUCAGAACCCAGUAG